AUGAGAGGCUACAUUUUCACCACCAGCUUAACUACUAGUAUGUACUUGAGAUAACAUAACUAGAGUGGACAGAAUUUUAAAGAGUAAAUAUAACUUAUGGCAAAACUAGUUCCUUCAACAAUCAGGCACAGUUUACAGUCCUCAGUAGCAUUCUUGAUUGCAGUAUUUGUCAUUGCUGUCAUCUAUUUCGCCUGGAAAAAUGGAGGCCUAUAUGAUACUAGUACUAGUAAAUGGAGUGCUGAUCAAAAUUACUCGUCAGAAAGCUGCAAUUUGUUUUCCGGGAAAUGGGUAUUUGACAACGAGUCCUACCCUCUAUACAGAGAAGAAGAAUGCACGUUUGUGUACGAUGAAAAUGCUUGCCAAAUGUUUGGAAGAAAGGAUUUGAAUUAUCAACACUGGAGAUGGCAGCCUCAUCGAUGUAACCUCAAAAGGUUCAAUGCCACAGUAUUGCUAGAGAGACUGAGGAACAAAAGGAUGGUGUUUGUCGGAGAUUCAUUGAUUCGGGGCCAAUGGCUCUCGAUGGUGUGCCUAGUCAACAACUUUAUACCUCCAGCCCUCAAAUCCAUGCACUACAGCUUCAAUAACUCCUUGAUCACACUGAAAGCUCAAGAAUAUAAUGUUUCGAUUGAGUUCUAUUGGUCGCCAUUGCUAGUGGAAUCAAACUCAGACGAUCCAUGGAACCAUCGCUUUCCAGACCCGAUUGUAAGAGCACAAACCAUUUACAAGCAUGCUAGGCACUGGACUGAUGCAGAUAUACUCAUCUUCGGUACCUAUCUCUGGUGGAUAGGGCCUUCAAAAUCUAUGAACACAUUGUGGGGUUCAUUCGAAAGUGGGAAUGGAAUAUUCAAAAGAGUAGGGAUGUUACGCAGUUAUGAGAUGGCCUUGAAGACAUGGUCAGACUGGCUAGAAAUCCAUAUCGACCGUAACAAGUCACAGUUAUUUUUCAUGAGCAUGUCUCCAACUCAUAAAUGGGCCGAAGAAUGGGGAAAGAGUAACAAUGGAAAUUGCUACGAUGAACAAGAAAUGAUUGAAGAAGAAGGAUACAGAGGAAAUGGAACAGACCCCAGAAUGAUGAGAAUUGUGGAAGAUACCAUAGAUGAGUUGAAGAGGAGAGGUUUGCAAGUGAAAUUGAUGAACAUAACUCAACUUUCAGAGUACAGAAAAGACGGUCACCCAUCGAUUUACAGGAAGCAAUUGCGGGCUUUAACUGAGGAACAACUCGCAAAGCCAACUAGUUAUUCAGACUGUAUACAUUGGUGGCUUCCCGGGGUUCCUGAUGUUUGGAAUGAACUCCUAUAUGCUCACAUUUUCUCAUGACAUUCAAUACAAGUAAUUCUAAUCGAAUUGGACGAAAGGAUCGUGUUUGUUUGAUGUUUCAUUGUUUAGAUUAGUCUUUAAGCGGGAGUGCAUGCUUUUAUGCAUCUUAAAUUACGUGUAAAAAGUCAAAGUGACAUGUAAAAGGGGAUUAUGAUACUAUACUCCAGACUGUGAAAGAGUGAUGUGCAAUGAACGUCUUUAGACUAGUUAGAUUGUGUA